AUGAGCCUGAACGCCAUCAAGGCGUGGGAACUCCGUGAGACUGAUAAAAAAACUGAAAGCUACCCGGGAAGCCUGGGAUUGACUGCCGAGCUCUACCAGGAAGAAGCCGAGCGGAGUAAGGCUAUGGGAAUAGCGCUUGGAGGGAUGUCGCUUGUGGUACUUCCGCCAAAAGUUGAGAAACGAAAGAUCGAAUCUCGACCUAAUUCCCUAAGGAAAUUGCUUCUCGAUCCAUACGUCAUGGCAGCCGCUGCCGCAAUCUUGGCUUCAAAUUUUGCAAUUGCUGUCUUAUCACCUGGACUUUCGCUCUGGAUGAUCGAGAAAUGGGAUUCAAAUGCGCUGGAUCUAGGACUGCUUUUUCUGCCCUCCUCUGUCGCUUACCUAGCUGGAUCUCAGGUAUUUCCAAUGCUGUCUGUAAAACUUGGAAGUUGGCUUUGCAUCCUGGUUUCCCUGCCAAUAAUCGCAACUUGUCUCGCAACAAUGUCCUUAUUCAAUUCCCAAUGGGGCCUUGCCGCCCCGAUUACGGUGAUCGGGCUCAUGUUAAGUCUCAUUGAAACAUCUGUUUUACCACUUAUGGGAACAUUGGCAGACGCUAGACAGAACGGAGUAUAUGGUAUCUUUUGGCACUUAAAACUCUAU